AUGUUAGGUUACACCUGGCCCCUUCCCUGGGCCCUAUGUCCGAUCUGGAUCUACCUGGACGUUCUUUUCUCCACUGCCUCCAUCAUGCACCUGUGCGCCAUCUCUUUGGACCGAUACAUCGCCAUCCGUAACCCCUUCCACCACAGCCGCUCGAACUCUCUAACAAGAGCCCGUGUCAAAAUUAUAGCAGCCUGGACCAUCUCUGUCGUUAUCUCCAUGCCUGUCCCAGUCCUCGGCCUGCACGAUCACACCAAAGUCUUCCGGAAUGAAAGCUGCCAACUGACGGACAACAAUUUUGUUUUGAUUGGCUCCUUUGUGGCGUUCUUCAUCCCGCUCAUCAUCAUGGUCGUCACCUAUAUUCUCACCAUCAGUGCUCUGCAAAGCGAAGCGACUUUGUGCCUGGACCAACUCAUCAUGCGGCCAAAAUGGUCGUCCACUACUGGACUCCUUCCACGAGGCUCACUCUCUUCUGAGCGUCUCUUCUCACGUUCGUCUCUCUGCCGCGAUGGGGCUUCCAGAGGAUCCAGCCGUCGCUCCAUGCAGUCCAUCAGCAACGAGCAGAAGGCAUCUAAAGUGCUUGGCGUGGUCUUCCUUCUCUUUGUGAUCAUGUGGUGUCCAUUUUUUGUGACAAACGUAAUGGUGGUGGUGUGUGGUUCAGCGUGUGAUGAAGAUUUGGUGGGGGGACUGAUGAAUGUGUUUGUUUGGGUGGGUUAUCUGUCAUCGGCGGUCAACCCUUUCAUCUACACGCUCUUCAAUAAGACUUACCGUGCAGCUUUCGCCCGGUACAUGCGUUGCCGCUACCAUGAGGAGAGGAGGCCUCUGCAGCUGAUACUGGUCAACACCAUCCCUCCUCUGGCGUACAGCUCCACUGGGCUUCCCUUGAAGAUGGAGAACUCAUUAAAGAGAAGGGCAGAGGGCAGCCGGUCAGGGAGCUUCUCCAACACAGACAGGUCAAACUCUGGAAAAACACAAAACAAGCAGGAAAGGGAAGAGGUAGUAAGCCAUUUGUGA